UGAUUCAAUGACUCACCGGCUGCGUCACUGUCUCCCACCCUUCGCUCCUACAGUCCCUGUGUUCAGUCCAGCAGCGAACAGAAGCGUCACCAUGCCGAUGUGUGGAGGUCUCGGGGAAUCGGCUAAUGCCGACGACGACAUUCAGAAGAUCUGCGACAGCAUGAAGCCCCACGCAGAGGAAAAAACAGGGAAGAGCUUCGCUGUGUUCACUGCCAAGACCUACAAGACUCAGCUUGUGAGCGGCACCAACUACUUCAUCAAGGUCCACGUGGGAGAAGAGGAGCAUCUUCACAUCCGUGUUUACAAGAAACUCCAAUGUAAUGGAGGAGAAAUUGAGCUGACUAGUCUGCAGGAGAACAAGAGCCACCAUGACCCGAUUGUGUAUUUCUAACGGGACCCGAACCAAACCAAGCAAAGCAUUCCGUCAGUGCCUACAGGCUGUGCCCUCAUUUUAAUCAGUUAUCAGUAUCCUGGCUCUGCAUAUACAAUGUUACCCAAUGCUUACGCGUAGUAGUAUACCGUACAAGUAAAGCAGAUCAUGGUGAUAGGAAAAAAUGGAACUAUUUUGUACACUCUGAAUUUAUAAAUGAUAAUUGAAUGAUUCAAA